AAUUGAGCUCCAUGCACUUCACACACUUGACACCUAAACCCAGCUUAGACGAUGCUAUCAUCGCGGAGACCUUGCAGAUCCUUUCCAUUAAACUAACAGAAAUUAAAGGUGGCUUCAAAUUGCCAUUGUCUGUGUAUGGUGUGGUUGCUGCUCGGGACAGUGUCGAUAACAAUCGCAACCUUCUCUUCGCGCACAGUAGGAUAACGCCCCAAAGAAUCAGGCAACACAAUCCAUAUUUGCGCUUGAUUGGGCCGUCUCGUGCAAUUCUCUGCAGAGACCCUGUUCGCUUUGAAAUUCAGCUAAAAGUUGAACGUGGAGCAGUGUCUCGAGAUAGAGCAUUGAUCAGCGCAACUCGCGAUUUCUACGCUCGUCAUCCUGGUGUGCAUACCAUCUGCUUCGAGAACCGCUUCUGCAAAAUAGAGUUAUGCGUCGAGCGGCUUGUGGAGACGAUCCAGGCCACGAUCUGCAGUGUCCGUGUUGUUAAACAGGGGACACGGCAGCGCGUUGAAAGUCGAUGCCGAGUUUCUUGCUCGACAACAUCAUACUCAUGCAAGAUCAUCAAUGGUAAACCUACUUAUGUUGCUAAUGCCCCAUCUGGUGAAGUCGUGCUGCUUGAUCGUUUUAAAAAAGCAAUGCCCGGUGGUUCAGAGGGCUACCUUGAUCUGUCGAGGCGUGUGGUCUCUGUAGAACAUGAAGGCAGCCUGAAAGUUGUCGUACAGACUUGCUCGUGA